AUGCCAAAGUAUAACUGCUGUGUGCCAGGUUGUAGCGACAGCCACAGAAAUAAGCCUCGCGAUUUCAAAUUUUAUUGCUUGCCAAAGGAUUUAGAACUGCGUAAAAAAUACGAUGUUCUAAUAAGAAACGAUAACCUCAAAGUGGCGUCUCCGAACACAAGGAUUUGUUGUGAUCACUGGGAAGGCGGGAAAAAAUUGAGCAGAACUCAUCUUCCGUCUGUUUUUCCGUGGACUGUACAUAAAGAACAACGCAGAGAGAUAACCAGAGCCAGUCAGGAAAAAAUUAGUAAACACAAACGCAAGAGAAAGAACUUUAUGCAAAAUUAUGAAGUUGAUAUUGAAAGCGAACAACUACAAAACGACCAAGCAUCUCAUCUUCAAUCUUCUGCUACUCAGACAGACUUGGCAUGUUUCUGCAAAGCUAAGGACCAUGUCCUGCUACUUCAAGACGUUAAAAAGCAAAUUAUAGAAGAACAAAUAUUUCUCGAAAGUGAACUGCUGCGUUUAACAAAAUUACUUGAAAUCACCAAAAGCAACCUGGCAAGACAACAACAACGACAAAGUAGAUUUGAUAUUGACAAAUACAAAUCAAGUGAUUCUGAUAUAGAGUUCUAUACUGGUUUAUCUAACUACAAAAUGCUGACAUUUUGUUUCAAUUUAGUUGAGGAGUCAAGAAUUGAUAUUAAUGGUGAUAAUACAGAUGACACACAGAUUAGAAGACCAAAGCUUGGUAGGCCAAGAGCACUAAGUUGUUAUGAAGAAUAUAUUUUGGUUUUAAUGAGAUUAAGAUUGGGCCUUUUUGAAAAGGACUUGGCUCACCGAUUUGGCGUGGCAGUUGGUACAGUCUCGAACAUCAUUCGCAAGUGGAUAAAACUGCUCCGUGCAAAACUUGGGUCAUUAAUCAGAAUGCCAGAAAGAGAUACAAUCAAAUAUUACAGCCCCCCUGCAUUCAAACAGCUCUUCCCCCAGGUAGUUAUUGUAAUUGAUUGCACAGAGAUUGAGAUGGAAAGGCCAUCAGCUUUGAACAAUCAGUCUGCCUGUUAUUCUUCUUACAAAAGCAGACCAACAAUGAAGGUUUUAAUUGGAAUCACACCUAGUGGUGUGUUGUCGUACAUCAGUGAGUUAUUCCCUGGAAGCACUUCUGAUUUGGAAAUAGUUAAAAAAAGCAAUUUCUUGGACAUUCUCUCCCCUGGAGAUAGUGUCAUGGCAGACAGAGGCUUUAACAUAAAAGAUGAACUUGCGUCAGUUGGUGCAUUUCUUGAAGCUCCUUCUUUUCUCCAAAAGAAAACCCAAUUUACACAAGAAGAAAUUAACAAGAACAAAGCUAUACCUAGCCUGCGCAUACAUGUUGAACGACAAAUGGAAAGACUAAAAAACUGGCACAUAUUAGAUAGAAAGAUCCCUAUCACUAUGGCCCCAUUAGCAUCAGAUGCACUUGUGGUCAUAGCAGCAUUGGCUAAUUUUUUGCCACCACUUGUUUGUUAGAUUUUGCCUUCAUUCUCAUGUUUAAAAUUGAUAAAUAAAUAAAACAAGCCAUUUCAAUAA